AUGCUGAGCCUCUCCGCCACGCGAGUCACCGGCGACUUCAUGGCCGCGGUGCCCCUCGCUCAGGCGACCGCGCUGAGCCCCGCCGAGGCGCGGGGCGCGGGCGAUGUCGAAGCGGCGGGUGCCCUCGCCAAGCCGACAAUGCUGAAAUUCAUCGCAACGCAGGUCGCGGGCGACAUCGAGGCGGCGGGGCUUCUCGCCAGGCUGACCGCGCCGAGCCCGCUGGCGCGCAGGUCGCGGGCGACGUCGAGGCGGACAGGGGCCCCGUCGUCGAGCUGGCCAUGCUGGAAUUCUCCGCCGCGCAGAUCACGGGCGACGCCCUGGUGGCGGAGGCCCUCGUCAAUUUGA